AUGGAUGAGACCAGUUUGUUUGAGAAUCUGCGGUUGCCGUCGGUGCCGUUGCCAGUGAGCAGUGCGACGAACACGUACUGUUCGCCGGUGCCGCGGGCCGUGCUUGCAGCGCCCAAUGAGCCCGUCAUUCUCGGCGUGGACGAAGCAGGUAGAGGACCUGUGCUUGGGCCCAUGGUGUAUGGAAUCGCGUACUGUUUGAAGGACUAUUCGCAGAAACUGAAGACCCAGUACGGGUUUGCGGACUCGAAGACGCUGACCGUGGAAAGAAGAGACCAAUUGAUGCAUUCUAUCAUCGAACCAAACGGAGAUCUGUGUCAGAACGUUGGCUGGAUGACCACUACCAUGACGGCCAGGGACAUAUCGAGCGAGAUGUUAAAGCCGCGGUCUGUGGGAAACAUCAACUUGAACGAACAGGCGCACGACGCGACGAUCAAGCUAAUCCAACGGGUGAUUGAUCAAGGUGUCAAUUUGAAAGAGGUGUAUGUUGAUACCGUUGGUGUUCCAGAGGCUUAUCAACGGAAGCUGAGCAACAGGUUCCCGGGAAUUAGAGUCACGGUGACCAAGAAGGCCGAUAGUUUGUUCCCGAUCGUGUCCACGGCGUCGAUUGUGGCGAAAGUGACCAGAGACUGUAGCUUGUACCACAUGGCCAAAGGAGCGAACUGGGGGUCUGGAUACCCAUCUGAUCCACGUACAGUCAAGUGGCUGAACUCGAACGUCGACCCAAUCUUCGGCUGGGACUCCACGGUGCGUUUUUCGUGGCAGACUGCGCGCGACUCGCUGGUCAGAAACGGUGCGGUUCCCAUGGUCUGGGAGGACGAGCUUCCGCCCAACGACACGUUUGGGAACGUUGCGAACUUGAUGAGCAAGUCAGGAACAACAGGAAAGUCCAAUGAAGGCAAAAGCGAAACUGAGCUCGAAUCCAAUGUCUCCACCAAAAAGACCGAUUUUCUUGGCAACGACACCCACGUACCAGGUUUGAUCCAUACCAAUCACGACACCAGCCACACCGCAGCAGAAAGCGAAAGUUCCGGCGUAACCUGGGUUCAACAGCUUCUUCUGGGUGUACAGGUCGAUGUUGUAACCGCUGAAACCCUUGAGGUAGAAGAAGUGCUCGGAGAAAGAGAUGGCGUCGUAGAUUGCGAGGUAGUAUCCGAUCAAGUUCAUGAAGUUUUCCAUGACAGACUCAAAGUGGUAGAAAGCUGGGAUACUGAUGGCCAGACACAAACAGUUACCAACAACGGACCAGAACACUCUUGGGACCUUGGCCAACGGAGACCAGAAAGACUGGGCACACAAGGCGAUGGAGUACAUGUUUGGAAUGUUGGAGCAGAUGGUGGACAAGGAGAGCAGCACACACAAGAACUCACCGAAUCUGUGGAGAGAGUCUUGAGCAAGAAUGGCGUAGACCAAUCCUCCGACAGAGUACUCGGAGUAGAGCUCGGCGUACUUGGCGUUGGUCUUGAUACCGGUGACGGCAGCAGCACCCAAGACCUCGGCGAAGAUCAAUGGGAAGCACAGACCAAGGAGAAUGGCAAGGAACAGUUUGGUUGGGCUGGUGGUUGGCUUCAUGUAGGAAGUGUAGUCAGCGGCAUAGGUGGUCCAGCCUGCUGCGAAUCCGAAGACAGUACCUCCGAACGAAAGAACACCACCAGCAAAAGUCUUACCGGAACCCCAUUGAGUGACUCCCGAGCCGUCUUCGUUAGGAACACCAGACAUGAAAACGCCGUCGAUGGACAAUCUAGCGAUGAUGGCGAUGAAAACAACCAUGUUUGGAACCCAGGACCAUUUCUCGUAAGCGUGGAUGAAAUGGUAGCCAAAGAAGGUGACACCGAUGGUAACCAGAACCAGAAUCAAACAGCCGGCCCAUGGAGGACAAGCGUGGUUGUUGACGAUGUUGAUAAGCUGGGCAGAGGACAUGAUGUUCACGGCACCCCAACCAACACAGGCAACACAGUUAAUGGCAGCAAAGACACGCAUAGCAAGGUCUCCAACAAGGAACCGGGACAAAAUCAUCUGUCGAAGACCAAACUUAGCACCGUGGAUGGAGUAGAAGGCAAUAGGAGAGCAUCCCAACACGUUGAAGAAGAUGAUCACCAAAACAGAGGUACCAAAGUCGAGGUCGAAAACACUGUAAGAAAGAGCACCCAGCGAAAAGGUGGCAAUCACAAGGUUGGCAGACAGCCACAUGGAAGCACAGGCCCACAGAGAGUCGUGGGUCUUUUCCUCAAUAGGAACUCUUUCGAUGCCUCGAGUUUCACCGUGGAACAUGCUGAUCAAGUUGGCAUAGAAGCCAGAGUCGGCCUUUUCGAGCUCGGCAGUUUCCUGCACAAAUGGCUCUUCGGUAAGAGAAUCGUCAGACUUCUUUUCUAG